UGAAAAUACACAGCUUGCUGUUGCAGCGGCUGGGCUGAGGGGGGACGGACGCACCAGCAGGGGCACGCUCCCUCCAAAGACACACACACACACACAGACACACACACCUCAUCGUUUCCAGCAGCAUCAAGGCACACUCGCUGAAAGAAAAGGGAAACUGCAACCGGACUGCAGAAAACGGUCUGACACAGCAUUACAACAAACUGCUGGGAUUAACUCCAAACAGAGUUGAUUCUUCUUCACCAGCUGGUCACUCUUCUGCUACUGUUAACCCUGGAGGGAAGAUCAUCAUUCGGGGUCUGACUUACACAAACAUGGACAAGAAACAAAAAUGGACUCCAGGUCUUGAAGCUGUACUAUUGAUACUGCUGAGUCACAUGACCGCAGGGCUUGAAGUGCCUCUUGAUCCUAAAGUACUGGAAGGAUUGCCUCAACCCCCCACCAUAACUCUGCAAUCCCCAAAGGAUUACAUCUUUGAUCCGCGGGAGAACAUCGUCAUUCACUGCGAGGCCAAAGGGAAGCCUCAUCCCAGCUUUUCAUGGACAAGGAACGGCACCAACUUUGAUGUGGAGAAGGACUCCAAAGUCCUGAUGAAGCCCGGUUCAGGAACGCUGGUCAUUGAUAUCAGUGGAGAAAAGGCUGAUGCCUACGAGGGAACAUACCAGUGUACAGCUAGCAAUGAGCAUGGCAAAGCUCUGUCCAACACCAUUAUGAUCAGGCAGUCCAGGUCCCCCUUGUGGUCAAAGGAGAAAAAUGAGGCGAUUUUGGUGCAGAAGGGGGUUUCUCUCGUGCUUCCAUGUCGACCCCCGGCAGGCCUGCCUCCUCCUGUCAUUUUUUGGAUGGAUAACAACUUCCAGAAGCUGCCGCUGAACAAGCGCGUGUCCCAGGCCCUGAACGGAGACCUAUACUUUUCCAACGUUCUCCCAGAAGACACCCGGAGCGAUUACAUCUGCUACGCUCGUUUUCCAUACACGCAGACCAUCCAGCAGAAACAGCCCAUCUCUGUUGUGGUGCUCAACAGCAAUCCAGAGGGGGAGCGUCGCCCCGGUUUCAAGUUGCCGAGCGGCAGUACGAGCAACAAGAUGGUUCUGAGAGGAGAGACUCUGGAGCUGGAAUGCAUCGCUGAGGGAUUACCCACUCCUGAAAUUUCAUGGCAGAAGGAUGCAGGGAAGCUGCCGAGUGGCAGGGCCUUCUUUUCCAACUUCAACAAAACGCUGAAGAUUUCUGACGUGAAUGAAGACGAUGCUGGCGAAUACCGCUGCACAGCGACCAACAAGCUGGGCUCUGCACAUCACCUAAUUAAAGUCACCGUUAAAGCUGCUCCUUUCUGGAUCAGUGCUCCCAGAAACCUGAUACUGGCUCCGAAUGAGACCGGCAUCCUAACCUGCCGUGUUAAUGGAAAUCCCAAGCCAAAAAUUAAUUGGUUUGUCAAUGGACGUCCAAUACAGGAUGUUUAUGAAGAAAAUGGCCCAAAGAUAGAGGAGGACACCGUGAUUCUCAGCAAUGUACAGUCGGGAAGCAGUGCCGUCUUCCAGUGCAAUGCAUCCAAUGAGUUUGGUUACUUGAUGGCUAAUGCGUUUGUAAAUGUGCUGGCCGAAGCACCAAGAGUUCUCACUCUGCCAAACCAAGUGUACCGAGUCAUCAUGAACCACCCGGCGCUGCUCGACUGCGCCUCCUUUGGCUCACCGAUACCAACCAUCGCAUGGUUUAAAGACGGUCAGACCAGCAUAAGGAACGGCGACUCCUAUGUGAUCCAUGAGAACGGCACGCUGGAAAUCAACGUGGCUCAGCCUUUACACAGUGGGAAGUACACCUGCACCGCCACCAAUAACCUAGGAUUUAAAGAGAAUGAUGUCUUCCUGGAAGUUAAAGAACCCACUCGCAUCCUCACCCAGCCGACAUACAAAAAGGUGCAGAGAGGAAUGAGUGCUCUGUUUGAGUGUAAAGUCAAACACGACAAAACCCUCAUGCCCACCAUGACAUGGCUGAAAGAUAACGGAGAACUACCAGACGAUCAGAGGUUUGAGGUGGACGAUGAGAGUCUGAUCAUCAGAGAUGUGACAGAUGAUGAUGCAGGCACUUACACCUGCGUCACAAACACCAUUCUGGAUCAGGACUCUGCAAGCGCUACACUGACUGUUGUUGAGGCAACUCCUCCUCCACCAAUUGUGUUAGAAAAGCCGGACCCUCCGACAGACCUGGAGCUCACCGACCAGAUGGAGAGAAGUGUUCAGCUCACCUGGAUCCCCGGAGAUGAAAACAACAGUCCAAUACAGAACUUUUUGAUUGAAUACAUGGAUCUACUCCACCAGCCAGGAGUUUGGGUCAACCUCACAGAAGUUUCUGGUACCACCACCACGGCUCAGCUAGAGCUCUCUCCAUACAUCUACUAUACGUUCAGAGUGCUGGCUCAGAAUGGCGUCGGCUACAGCGACCCCAGUAACCCCUCGGCGCAGUACAGGACCAACCCUUCAGCUCCGGAUGAAAAUCCAACAAAUGUGGAAGGAGCAGGAACCGAGUCCGACAACUUGGUCAUCUCUUGGAAGCCCCUCACAGGAUUUCAGUCAAAUGGUCCAGGACUGCAGUACAAGGUGCAGUGGAGACAAAAGGAUGUGGAAGACGACUGGGCCUCGAAGAAUGUUGUCAACGAUUCCCAGCUCAUUGUUUCUGGAACACCAACCUAUGUGGCCUACGAAAUUAAAGUUCAAGCCUUUAAUAACUACGGCAACGCACCUGAGCCCACAGUUGUGAUUGGAUACUCGGGAGAAGACAAGCCUUUGUCUGCUCCUGGUAGCGUCCAGGUCACCGUUCCUAACAGCACGCUGGCAGAAGUUCAGUGGGAGCCAGUAUCAAAUCCCUCUGUCCGAGGUGAACUGCAAGGAUACAAGGUGUACUACCGUCGGGUGCGAGGCCAGCAAGACCAACAGGAAGAAGCAGACGAGCAGGAGCAGAUUUUAACUUUCAGUGGUAACCGCAGUGAGGGAAUGCUGCCGGGGCUUCAGCCUUACAGUGUCUACGACCUUUUCAUCAAGGUGUUCAAUAACAAAGGAGAAGGACCUCCUAGCCCCAAAAAGACCUUUGAAACCCCCGAAGGAGUACCGGAUCUUCCUUCUUUUCUGAGAGUGACUGACCACGGUUUGGACACUCUUACGGUAAAAUGGGGCCCACCUUUGAGCAACAAUGGACGCCUUACAGGAUACACGCUCAAAUACCACGCUGUUAAUACCACAAGUGAACUGGGACCAGUCAAGGAAGUGACCUUUCCAGCCAACGUGACUACCAUCACACUGACCAGCCUGAACGCAAGCAUGCUCUAUAAGUUUUACUUGAAGGCUCGGACAAGAAAAGGCCCUGGCCCGGAAAUCACAGAAGAGGCGUCUACAGCCAUGGAUACAGCUCUUAUUCAGCCCACUAUACAGCCAGGCAAAGGCCCCACAGAGCCCCCUCACCCAACCUCCCCCAUCACUCUGUCUCUACAUCCCCCGCUUCACAAGGUGCCUUCUGCUGGGCCUGUGUUCGGAACAGUUAACGCAUCUGUGUCAGAGGAAGGCCCAGUGAUCAGUUGGGAAUACUUUGGACACAAUAAGAUUUUAUUUGUGGAAUAUGUUGUAGAGAACAGUGAUGAUGACUGGAAAAGGGAGUCAGUAAAUGGUACACAUUCGCAUACUAUAAAAGGCCUAAAGCCGGGGACGUCCUAUUCUGUGCGCGUGGUAGCUAGAGACGGCGCCGGCCCGGCGGUCCACAAGACCAAAGAAGUGUCGGUAACAGUGCCAGCUGUCCCCAACCGGCAGGUAGACAUCGCCACGCAGGGCUGGUUUAUCGGACUGAUGUGCGCCAUCGCUCUCCUGAUCUUGGUGCUUCUCAUCGUGUGCUUCAUCAAGAGAAACAAAGGUGGCAAAUAUCCAGUGAAAGAGAAAGAAGACGCUCAUCAAGACCCAGAGAUCCAACCUAUGAAGGAGGACGAUGGAACAUUCGGGGAGUACAGGUCAAUGGAGAGUGACACCGAGGACCACAAGCCACUGAAGGGCAGCCGGACACCAUCCAACGGGACGGUGCGGCGCGACGAGAGCGACGACAGUUUAGUGGACUACGGGGAGGGCGGGGAUGGACAGUUCAACGAGGACGGCUCCUUCAUCGGCCAGUACAGCGGCAAGAAGGAGAAGGACACGCAUGAGGGCAAUGAGAGUUCGGAGGCGCCGUCGCCUGUCAACGCCAUGAACUCGUUUGUCUAAUGCGGCCGCCUCCUGUCUGCAGCGGUUGCUACGGCUGUCCCCGCGUCACCCUGGCAAAUGUGAUCAUCCCGGUGGUGACAGUUGCUAAGGCGACAGCCGUCGUGGGCACCUACUUUUACCCUGUGGUUGCCGUCACUCUGGUGGUCAAGGCUACCUUUACACCAAGACUGCUGACAUGUCCUCAUCUCCACACCCCGUCGACCCCAGUCGCACUGUGACCUACCAGUGAACACACACUUACGAAUCCCCCACAACCAUUAAAAGAAGAAAAGAGACAGCGGGCAAUGCUGAAAAGCAGACAAAAUGUGCCAGAGAGGAUUUUACCGCUCAGACUGAAACAUGAGUGUGGCCAAGUGUACGUGUGCGUGUUAGUGAUCUCUUUACAAACAUGAUAAAUAUAGCGAAUAUAUAUAUAUUUGAUGGAAGUACGGCAUAUGAUCCGCAGGCAGGCUAAUAUAAAUGAAUCACAUUCAUAAGCAACUGCAUGGAGCAAAUUGUGUGUCUGUUAGGCAUUUUACUUUCCUAUUGUCUUUUUUUUUUUUUUUUUUUUUGCAGAAGUAUGCUGCAUCUUACGCUGUAUUUGGUGCACGCCUAUGAGCCAGGGUGUUAUUUUCUUACUUGCAGAAAAGUGUUAUAUGGUGUUUGACAUAUAGAAGAAAAAAAUGGCAGCAGUGGUAUUGUGGUUCCAGCUGCGAAAAGAGUGACUCAAAGUAGAAACUAGUUGGUGUUUUUAUUUAACUACCUUUCUUUAUUUUAUUACAGGUGGACUGUUUGUGCGUGUGUGCUAGAGAAAGAAUGGGAGCUAUAUUUCCAGGUCAGGGGUGUCCGGUCGUAGUGCCUGAAAAGCCUCGGGAGCCAGCCUGGUGUCGCACGCUAGCAGUGCAGUGCUAAACUAAAUGUUUUCACAUUUUCUCACAUUGCAACCUUAUAUUUUAAUGAAUUUUAUUGGGAUUUUACAGGAGAGACCAACACAAGGUGAUUCAUAAUUGACACAGAGAUUUCUCAAAAUAUUUUUCAUUAUGAAAAUCUAAGAAAGUGGCGUGCAUUUGUACUUUGCUGAAACACAGUAAGCUUGUCUUCGCGGGUGAAAAUGAUUUGGGGUAUGUCUCUACCAGCUUUCCAAAUCUAGAAACCGGAACUUUUCCUCUUUCUUGUGUUAUAUUUCCACCACAUUUUUUCGUUUUGCAUGUUGGCAAAGAAGCUUAAGUUAGGCUCGUUUUGUUUUGCAAAUUGUGUCAUACUCUUUCCAUUUGUGGUUAAUGAAAGUCGCCAUGAUACGGUUUGGUCACUGAUUUUCUCUAACCAAACUCUAAGACUUGGACAAAACAUAAGCGUUUAUGCAAAAAUUCAACAUCCCCCAAUGUAUUUCCUCCUUGGUGAUUUUUAAAGGCAAGUGCUGAUAGUUGGAAACUUUUGAGUUUCCUUGGUUAAAGUUUUAGCAGGGGGAUUUUCUGUUCAUACAGUGCAUGGGUUCUUUCCAGGUUCUUUGAUUUUUUUUCCCCCUCAACUGAAAAACAUGCAUGCCAUAUAUCUGGCCUCUGUGAGUGUCUGCAUGCCCUCUGAUGUCCUUUGUCUUAUAGGGUGAAUGCCUCUGUUGUCCGUUGUUCAAAAGUUAAAGGCAAACCCUCCGAUUAACAGGCAGAUGUAGAAAAAUGGUUGGAUUUUGUUUGGAUAAAUCAAGGCAUAAAAGAAGCAGAGCACAAAUGAACGUCACCCUUUUCCUAUUUUACAAUUGGAAAAAUGUUGGUUACCAUCAAUCCUCAUCCUUCCGUUUUACAGUCAUGCAACUUUUAUGUUGGCUAUUAAAAAAAUACAUUGAAGCUAAGGUUGUAAUGUAGCAAAAGCCAAUAAAAAAAGUAAAAGUAUCAGCACAUUUCCAAGCCACUGUGGUCCCAAACAAUCUGCUUGUAGCCUCAUGGUUUCUACCAUCGUUUAAAUUAUAUUCUAUUGUUGUUGCAUUGUGCCCUUGUUGCUCAACACUAAUGACUGAUCCAGUGUCGCUGUCUAUUGCUUCCACCCGCAGUGCAAACCCUGUCAACACUCUUCCAUCUUAACAUUAAUUUCACUGGCAUUAAUCCUCCACCUUCGUUUUAUGUACACGUACUUACAGAAAUAUUCUAAUCGUACAAGUUUGCUAAGAAUAUUGGAGGUAUUUAGCGACGUGUUGGUAAUCACAAAGCUGUCAGCAUGGUUUCCAGUGCCUUGGUAGGAAGCAGAUACUUAGGUCCACAGUUCAAUGCCAAUUUAUGCAAACAGAAAUUUUAAAAACAAGGUGGAUGUUCAAAGCUUCAUAGAAGGCGCCUCAUGAAAAAAAGAGUUUUUAAAAAAAAGUUUGUUGUUUCAAAUAGUCCUUAAUAUAAAGCUGAUAAUGACCUUUAUUUUGCCAGAAAAUAUGACAGAUUUGACCAUUUUGUAAGCUAUAAAGAACAAAUUAACAAAUUGAAUUGAUAUUCUUUGACGUGAUUGGAAAACCCCCUCCGUGGUUGUGUUUUUUAGAGUUUCUUCAAAGGUGCCCUUGUUUGUUUCCUGUGGUUGGAAGGUCUGAAAGAUCGAAUGGAUGUUAGCUGAUGUGAGACUCCGAUUACCUCCUCGACUUCUUUUACAGUAUCUGAAAAAAAUGUUAAUGAAUCCAUAUUUUCUUAGGGGUCCGGGUUCCUACACCAGGCUGAAAACAGAUUUCAAAAGUGGCAGUAAGUGGAAGGAACCUACUUUAACUCUCGAUGGUUGUAGCUUUGUCGACAAUCAUGUUAUUCAGCUUCCAUCCUCUUCUACAAAGAAAGCAUCUUGCUGAGAGUUAAGCAAUUCUAAAACGGGCAUGUGAUAGGAAACUAGAUCGCGCGUUCAUGUUCCCUCUCUCAACUCAUUCAUCAAAAACCCAAACUAGACUACUGCCAAACUGCUCACCAGAUAACUGCCAGUGUGAACCAGCUUCACCAUCUUGUCUCGUCCUAUUGUAACCGUCACCAUUGGGAAAAAUAAGUGGGGGCAGGGGGAAAUAAUAAUACUGAAUGUGGAUACAAGUGUAUCCGUUUAUGUGAAUGAAAAUACUGCUUGUUUCAUUUCAAGGAGUGAUUGCACUGGUGACUUUGAUUUAUGCAUUUAUGCUUACCUUCUGCAGUAUAUGUUAUUACAGUCUGAGUGCAGGUUUCAUGUUUUUGCCAAUGAAGUACAGGUGUGAAUGUCUGAGUUCACGAGCGUGUGUGUGCAUGCGUGAAGUGCACACUGCUUUCUAUUGUUCCAAUGUGUAUCCUGUAGUUUGCUCCUUCUGGACAUAGGAGAUUCUUUUUUGUUUUUUUGUUGUUUUUUUUUUCAAGCAUUUUCAUGUCUUAUCAUAACUUGCAUCAAGUUUUUAGGUUUCAACAUGCCAGAACACCGCGUGUAGAUAUAUAUAUUUUCUGUUUAUUGUAAAUAACGGUUUGAUUUGAGCGUAGACGUGUUAAGAUCAGAGUUGGCAUGGCGUAAGGAAGUUAGACUGUGAGGAAUUAGACGGCUUCUAGUUUUCACUCUUUGAUUUAUUGUGAACUUCUGUUUGUUUUUGGGUUUUUUUAUAUUAUCGUCAGGUAAACAUGUUUAGCCUACAGUAUCGGGUAUCACCUCUGAUGAUUUCACUUGUGACUGAGCUCUUGUGACACCUGUAUUGUUUCUAUUUCUGGCAGUUCAUGCACAUUUUCUGCCUUUUUAUAUUUAAUAUAUAUAAAUAUUACAAAAAAAAAAACAUUAAGUGGACUAUUAUUUCAAAAUGCACACCUAAUUUAGGACAACCAGAUUGUCCUAAAUAGAUCCCCUUUUUUAGGAUUGUGCACUGGAAAAUGAAAAAUAUACUAGUAAUUUGGAGAAUACAAUAGGAUGGCAUGGACUCAAUAACGGGUGCAUUUCAGUGUGAAUACCCUGGAAACAAUGUUGCUGGCUGAAACAGUAUAUAAUUAUAACAUUCUGGUAAAUGUUGAAGCUACAUGAGAAGCAUGAAAGACUGUUGAAUGGUUUACUUCACAAUAUACUACUGCAAAAUAUUUUGUAUUUUAAAUGAAGUACAAAAAAAGAACGAAUAAAUGUUGGUUUCGGGAUUUCAAA